AUGCAGAAACGGGGCGAUGAACAUCCUGGUGAUGCGGAGGAGGAGGAAGAUGAGGAGGAGGAUGCUGAGGAAGAGGAGGAUGAAGAGGAUGCGGAGGAGGACGAAGAGGAGGAUGAGGAUGAGGAGGAGGAGGAGGAGGAGGAGGAGGAGGAGGAGGAGGAGGAGGAAGAGGAGGAGGAAGAGGAGGAUGAGGAGGAGAAUGAGGAGGAGGAGGAGGAGGAGGAGGAGGAGGAGGAGGAGGAGGAGGAGGAGGAGGAGGAACAGGGUGACGAAGAGGAGGAGGAUGAUGAGGAGGAGGCAGCAGAGGAGGAAGAGGAGGAGGAGGAGGAGGAGGAGGAGGAGGAGGAGGAGGAGGAGGAGGAGGAGGAGGAGGAUGUGGCGCCAGUGAAGGGACGGGGCGGGCGUGGCAGAUGGAUGAGUGGUACAGGGAAGCGUGAUAGUGUGAGGGCACACGGGACUGCUGCAGAAGACGUUGAUCCCCUUGGCCAGAGGGGGGAUUCUUCACACCCUUUUCCUCCGCUCAUGGGUGCCGUAGGUGAAAGUGCGGAGCACGAGCAGUUUGUUACACGGGAAGAGUUCCAGGCACUGCGGUCUGAGAUGUACGCCAUGUUUGCACAGCUCGGCCUGCGUCGUGGAGUACCUGCCAGCUAUGCCGGCGGGUCGGCAGCCCUGCCUAUGGCUGGUACCCCGCCGCCGACGAGCGCCGUGGACAAGGCACGAGUGCUAGUGUUGCUGGAGACAAACCCAUUCCCGGUAUGUGGCGGGCCACAUGGGGAGGGUUGGGGUUGA